UAUAUAUAAAUUCCAGCAAAGUUCACUAUCUAUCCACUAAAUCCUUCUUCCUCUUUAUAGCAAUUUCAGUGCUUUUCUUCAAUCAUGUCGGAAGCAAACAAAAACUUGCCACUCCAAGACCGUGUAGCCAUUGUUACAGGCUCUUCUCGAGGCAUUGGCAAAGCAAUAGCCCUUCACUUAGCCUCUCUCGGCGCUAAACUCGUCAUCAACUAUUCCUCCAACUCCACUCAAGCCAACGACGUCGUAUCCCAAAUCAACUCCACCUCCAAUUCCCCACGCGCCAUCGCCGUCAAAGCCAACAUCUCCGAUCCAGAUCAAGUCAAAUCCCUCUUCGACGCUGCAGAGUCAACCUUCCAAUCGCCGGUCAACAUCGUGGUCAACUCCGCAGGCGUACUCGACGGAAAAUACCCGUCAAUCUUAAACACAACACUAGAGGAUUUCGAUCGGACAUUCGACGUCAACGCACGUGGAGCUUUCGUGUGCUGCAAAGAAGGCGCUAACAGAAUCAAGCGCGGAGGAGGGGGAAGGAUUAUAUGCUUAUCGACGUCGUUAGCGGCAGCGUUUAGGCCUGGGUACGGGGCAUACACGGCGUCAAAGGCGGCAGUGGAAGCAAUGGUGAAGAUACUGGCGAAGGAACUGAAAGGAACAGGAAUAACCGCGAAUUGUGUGGCGCCAGGACCUAUAGCGACGGAAUUGUUUUACGAUGGGAAAACGGAGGAGAUGAUAAAUAGAGUGAUUAAUGAUUGUCCACAUGGGAGACUUGGACAGACAGAGGAUAUUGCGCCGGUGGUUGCCUUUUUGGCGGGCGAUGGUUCUGAAUGGAUUAAUGGACAGAUCAUUCGCGUCAAUGGCGGCUUCAUCUGAUCAUUUUUGCCAGAGUUUUGUUCUAUCUGUCGUUUCGAUUAAUAUCUAUUUGUUUUUGUUUUUUAUAUAUAAGGGGUCGUUUGGUGCAUGGUAUAA